AUGUCGCAAGCACCCGUGCUCUUCGACCUCUUACGACGAUUAGAGGAUGCCGUCCGGGAUCUAACGCUAAUGAGAUACAUAUCUAUCGCAUCACUCACAUGGCUUGUUUACGAUACCUGGAAGCGUGGCCUAAUACCCAAUAGUCCUCACGUCCUCUUCCUCAUCAACCGCUACUCUGCUCCAAUCGUCAUGCUAGCCGAGAUCAUCCAAUUCAGCGGGCGCGUCACACUUUCCGAUGACAUUUGCGUGAUCUGGCUAUUCUUCGAGGCACUAUGGCAAAGCUUGUCUGCACUCAUCGUUCAAUUUUUGCUCGGAUUGCGAAUGUCCGCUAUAUGGGGAAGCCGUCCGUGGACAAAGUUUGUACUAUACGGUGGUUGUCUAGUCUGCGCCGGAGCGAGCAUCACAAGCAUCUCUGUCGCGCUAGCCCACGUCGCGAGCACCUAUGUCUACAGUCCACAACUCCGGAUCUGCUACACCACUGAAUCGCUCGGACCUUGGCUAUGGGGUGCAUUCUUCUUGCCCAUCAUGCUCUUCGAUCUGCUCAUCUUCUUGUUGACGAUUUGGCACGCCGCACUCGGUCGUACUGAACAUCGUCGCAAGGGCUCGCUCACUUAUAUGAUGUGGAGAGACGGUGCAAUCUACUUUGCGCUCAUCUUUGCGUCGGAGCUCGCAUGUGUCGUCGUCAGCGCCAUUUGGGGGUUCAAUAAGACGAUGAUCUUCAAGUUUGCCGUCUGGACCAUCCAGAAUGUUGUCAUUUCACACAUGACACUUAACCUUGUCGAAGCUGUCCGUGGUCCCCCAGACGGCGAGAUGCUCCGCACCCGCACGUCACUCUACAGUCCCAAUGGCCGACCAAGCAUGAGCCAGAACGUAGCUCGUCGUUCACGACGAAGUGGACUUCACGCUUCUCCAAACCACUUUGGAUCCCCCAUCGAGUUUGGGUCGCCUGUCGAAUUUGCGAGUUACCCACCCUCACCACUCACAAUCCCACGGAGCGCAUUACCGAAUCCGCACGAGACGAGUCGUACGCGGUUGACGCAGACGCAGACGUUUCAAACGCACGUCACGGACGAUACAUGGUCGCCGCCCUAUACUGAAAGCACGUUUGCUUCCCCUUCCAAGCCCAUCUUCACAUCUUCUCCGUCCAAAUCUGGGUUUUCUCCGUCAAAGACUGGACACUCACCAUCCAAGGGUAAAGGAAAGCAGCCUGCGGUGGAUGGAGACGAGGGUGCGCAGUGGUUAGAGUUGCAUGACGUCCAGCCAGGUGAAUGGACGGAGAUGUACCGGAGUACCGGAGGACCCAACGAGCAUCUUCGCGUUAUCGCUGGUCCCUCUACAUCUGCACGAUCGUUACCGUCUCAACCGCAACUCCAAAUGCACACCGAGGACGACCAAGUGCUUACCAUUGGCACGGGAAACUCGCGGUUAUUGACGAGACCUGAGACAAGGCCGUCAGUGAUGAGCAGAGCCGAUCUCGAUGGUCAACGCCCUAUCCCCCAGGAUGACUUUAAUGUGCUUAUGGACCCUGGUACGGAUUCGAAACGGCAGACGCGCUUGAACGAAUUGUUCGAGGCACUCACAUCCCCUCCAGCCCCCGUUGUCGUAGCAUCUGACCACAACCGGCGGCUCUCGACGCGCGUGGGUUUCAUUUGA